AUGGCAGAUCAGCCUACCACUCCGGGCGCCCAGAGCGCCGUGUCACCAGGGACGGCCGGGAAUAACGAGCCCGUGUUGAUCGCCGCGCCCCAAAACGAAGACGAGCUAGAGGAUGAUUUUGAUGAUGACGCCGAUUCGGCAUUGGGUAACGAUGCUGCCAGCAGCACCAACUCCAUCACAGCAAGCAUCUUGGAAUAUCGCACCAUCAAAGGUCGGACGUACCACAGUGAAAAGCAUGAUUCCCAGUACUUUGCGCCGAAUGAUGAACAGCAGAUGCAUUCACAAGAUAUUACUCACCACUACCUAUCAAUCAUGUUAGACGACAAGCUUUUCCUCGCGCCAGUUAGCGAUGACAUUGAGAGAGUGCUGGACGUUGGGACUGGAACCGGAAUAUGGGCCAUCGACGUGGGCGACCAGUACCCAAACGCCGAGGUCUUAGGGACGGACUUAUCGCCGACGCAGCCAUUAUGGGUACCCCCGAACGUUAAGUUCGAGAUCGAUGACUGUACCAAGGAAUGGACAUGGCCUGACGAUCACUUCGAUUUCAUCCACAUGCGCUAUUUAUUCGGGGCCAUCGGAGACUGGUCUAAACUUUUCCGUCAGGCAUACCGCUGCUGCAAACCCGGCGGUUGGGUCCAAUCUUGCGAAUGCGAUGUCGAAAUGUGCACAGAUGACGGCAGUAUCAAAGAAAACGGUGUUAUCCAGACAUUCUGGAACCCGCUCUGGAGGGAGUUGGGCAAGAAGAUAGGGCUGAGUUUCGAGGUUCUCGAGAAUAGAUACCAGAAUAAGGGUUUCGAGGAGGCCGGAUUCGUUGACAUUAAAGAGGUGAAUUUUAAGUUACCUAUCGGUGGAUGGGCUUUGAACCCCAAACUGGCUGAAAUUGGAAACCUUACCUUGCUCACCAUGAUUAACGACCUUGAAGGAUACGUCCUUGUCCCAUGGAACAUCGUCCAUGGUGAAGAUACCCCCGGCUGUCAGGAGACACUUGCGCACUUGCGUAGGGAGCUCCGAUCUAGGUCAAUGCACGCAUAUAUGAAGGUCCGAUAUGUUUAUGGACGAAAGCCUUAGGGUGGACAGGUAAAUAUGGCAAUAUCCCUUCUAGAUUGGAAUUCAGGUCACUAUAACGACGGAUCUUAUGUACAUCUACUAUUUUAAGAGGUAGUAGUUUGGAUAU